AUGCCAAACCCGAGCCGAUGUAAAGUGUUCCACAACUAUGGAGAUCUCAUGCUUACGUGGCUCGAGGAGCUUUGCUGGCGAGCCGGAUCGACGUCCCGCGAUCAAAUGGUCCUCCUAGAGAGCAACGAUGGCGCACACUUCAAGUGUCAUCAGUGGCUUCUGGCCCGCUGGUCGCCGUAUUUCGAGGCGCUGUUCAGUCGAUCAUUCUGUGAGAGCCGAACUUCGCGGGCGAAGCUCGAGAACGUCGAUGGCGACUCCCUCGAGACCGUGCUCAAUUAUUUCAUGCACGGAAAGUUCAACGUCAGCGCUGAGAAUUGUCUGCGGUUGCUGUUCGCCGUCGAGUACCUGCUACUGGAAAACCUUCAGGACUUCGUGACCUGCUUCAUCGAGGAGAAUUUACAGGACGUCCUGAGAUCGGACGAGUUCUCCAAGCUCGAGCUCGAACAGCUGUGGAAACUCGUGCCCAUACUAGCGCGCGGCAUCUGUCUGGACAAGGCGCUGGGCAUCGAGACGGUGGUCCUGUACCUCGAAUGUUGGAAACUCGGCCAGAACACCCAGAAGCUCGGGAUCUGCGACGAUGUGAGAGCGCUCAUCAAAGAACUCGAGAACAGUCUCCAUCGGCUACGGACACCGGAGAUCGCGUACGCCAUCUACAAGCAUACGCCCAAUUGCGUCACGAAGCUAUUCACCGAAAAACAAUUAGGUUCUCGCCCUUCGGGGAGCCUCAACGAUCUCUACGACCGCGGAGAGCUGGAGCCCCCAGCGAAAAUUAGCACCGGUCAGCUAAUGAGAGCGCACUCCACCAACGAGCUCACGUCUCAAGAGGAUUGGAUGAUCCAACUGCGUUCGCUCAUCUCGGAGGGAACAACCCUGAUGCGUCAGCUAUCGAACCAGGAACUCCAGCUUCCACACGAUAUUCCACACGAAUGCAUCAAGAACAUGGCCGUCAUGCCAAACCGCUUCAUUUUGGUGCUCACCGACUCUCGCCGGCUCCAUCUGUGCCCGUGGAAUCAACGAGGUCCGAGUCAACUCGUCGAAGCUCAAUGCGAUACUGUCCUGCAGUUCGGCCGGGACAUUUAUGCCGUUCUCCAACAACAACAGGUUGCCUUAUGGAACUGCCAACUGAAAGUGUUCGAGACAAUUUACUCUUUAAGCGAGCAUAUCAUUCACGACAUAUCGUGGUACCGAACCAACAAAACAAGCUCAACCCUAUCCUUGCUCAUCGCGCACAGAGCGUUCCCGUGCAAUGUCGAACUUCUCUGCCUAGAUUUCGAUCAAGUCACGGGAAGUUUCAAACAGCCCCCGGUUCGAUUCCAUCCCGCGCUAAACACGUGCAAACUCUCAAAUCCACGACUCGUCGCCCUCAGCGAACGGGUUCUGAUUCUCUACGAGCAGGGGGAUGCAGACAAGGUUUUCGUCAUUAUGAUCGGCGCACAAGAGUGCAAGAAAGUCAAAUGCAAACUCGGAAUCAGCAAUAACUUCUACCUCAACGAUCAAUUGCUAUUCUACACAGCAGAUAAUUCAACUUUUUACAAGAUUCGCUAUGAUUUUAAGGAUUUCGACUGUGAGGAAUGCGGCGAGGUCGCAAGAGUUAACGCGGCUUGUGUAGCCCCAUGUCUCAGGUAGAUCUGGGAGCUCCGCAUCCCGAUUCGAAACAGGUGCCAUAUGAUUUUAAUUUUCGAGCGUGGAGGUGUUAAUGAGGUAUUCUUCGAGGUACAGCGUCAGCGAAAAACUUUAUUUUUUGAGCUUCGAGAUUUUUGCGGGAGAACAUAUCUCUCCAAGUUCAGUGGCCAUGAAGACAUUCCGUGAUAUCCGUAGAGUACAUACAUAUCGAUUGGGCAGAGAGACUCGUCAGGCUUAUUAUAGUAUCAACGUC